AGCGCGAGCGGCGCCGUCACAAAAGGAAGUGGCGGCGGCGGCGGGUCCGUCAGCGCGGGGAGGGGCGGGGGCGGCUCCGGCAGCACCGGGAGCGCCGGCAGCACCGGGAGCACCGGCGACAGCGGCACCGGCACCCGCGGGGCGGCCGCGGCGGGGGCCGCGCCGCGCCAUGGCCCAGCAGCAGAUGAGCAGCUCGCAGAAGGCGCUGAUGCUGGAGCUGAAGUCGCUGCAGGAGGAGCCGGUCGAGGGCUUCCGCAUCACCCUGGUCGACGAGUCCGACCUCUACAACUGGGAGGUGGCGAUCUUCGGGCCCCCCAACACGCUGUACGAGGGCGGGUACUUCAAGGCUCACAUUAAAUUUCCUAUCGACUAUCCAUAUUCACCACCUACCUUCAGAUUCCUGACCAAAAUGUGGCACCCCAACAUUUAUGAGAAUGGAGAUGUAUGUAUUUCAAUUCUUCACCCACCUGUAGAUGACCCACAAAGUGGAGAACUGCCAUCUGAGAGGUGGAACCCUACCCAAAAUGUCAGGACUAUCUUACUGAGUGUAAUCUCUUUGCUUAAUGAGCCCAACACAUUCUCCCCAGCCAAUGUGGAUGCAUCAGUCAUGUUCAGGAAAUGGAGGGACAGUAAAGGAAAAGACAAGGAGUACGCCGAAAUCAUACGGAAACAGGUUUUGGCUACCAAAGCUGAGGCAGAGAAGGAUGGCGUGAAGGUCCCCACUACACUGGCAGAGUACUGCAUCAAAACUAAAGUGCCUUCCAAUGACAACAGUUCAGAUUUGCUUUACGACGACUUGUACGAUGACGACAUUGACGACGAAGACGAGGAGGAGGAGGAUGCCGACUGUUACGAUGAUGAUGAUUCUGGCAACGAGGAGUCGUGACCUGCUCCCUCUAUGCCCCUGUACUGCCCUGCCGACUCAGGCCAGAAGGGAGCAGCGGUAACCUAGCAGCAGUCCAGCAAAAAAAAGGGGGGGGGGGUGUCAAAAAAAAAAAAGAAAAAAAAGAAAAAAAAAACCACAAACAAACAAAAAAAAAAACCCAACACAAAACUUUGUCUCCUGCUGUCUCCUGUUGUAUGGAUCUGUUUGCUCCUUUUUUAUGGACCUCUUAGAGACCCUCCACAGAAUGUCUGAAUUCUUGCAUUCUUAACCCUUUUAUCACUGUAUUACGAUUUCUUUUUAAAAAAGAAACUCCCCUUUUCACUUCUCUACGAAACGCUCACAGCAAAACAGGUUUGCUCGCGUUUAGAUUCUUGAAUUAAAUACAGUCUUGCAUUGAGAUGUUUAAUGUAUUUAAAGCUGGAACAAACCCAUUGGAAGCCGGGUUUUCAGGAGCUCAAGUGCUGCAUUUACUGGGAAGAAAAAAAAUCCCCACGAAGCAAAUUGCCAAGGUUUAGCUGCUCCAUUUACAAUAAUAGCGUGUGUACAUUCGUUUAGCCUUGUGGUGGUGGCUUUUCCUUUAUAAGGUGUGGGGCGGAGAGUGUAAAGCUACUGUGUGUUGAGCUUGAUGGGAUGUCACUGAAAGGUACAGUAUUCCUUUUCAGCCUACUAAGUUAGGAAAUAGCUGGCCUCUGGAGCCCCAGAGGGCACAAUCAGCUUUGUCUCUGGAAAAGGCUUGUGAGAUGAACCCUAAAAUAAACACUUAACACUUCACGUCUGUACAACUGAGCCCUGGGUUGCUAUUUAUUUUUUUUUUAAUUGCUUCUUUUUCAGACUAGGAUAGGGUUGCAAAAGUUCAGUUUAGCUGUUCUGCUGGCAUUUGCUACCAGCUGCCCCACCCUGCAGGGAUGAGAACAGAUGUGCAUCCUGCUGCCUAGUGGGCCACCAUUCACCCUAAACUUAUUUUUGGCAGUAGGAGAGACCAGUAUUCUCCUGCCCCAGUGCUCACUAGCAGCCGUUGCUUCCUGCAGCCCCAGCCCUGUGCAGCUUAUGCUGCCUGCCUGUGGGUAGGUGCACCUCUGCCCCAGGAGAGCGGGGCUUCCAGGCUGGAAGGGAAGGCCAGCAGGAGGGUCUGCCCCCAACAUCGUGCUUCAUUCAGCUGGUGCCCUGAGCUCACCAUCCUGCACAUUUCUGGGAGCUCUUGGCAGAGCUUAGGGCCCUCCAUCGUGGUCAGGGGGAUCGAAUCAUGCAUGUUCCUGUCUCAGAACCCUCUUCCCCAGUCCCUCAGCAUCCUGACCGUGUUGCAGCUCUUCGUGUUUGGCCGUGGUGCAGUGCCCCGAGCUCACCUUGUGCAUGAUCCCUGGAUCGGCCGCCAGCUCUGGCAGCCCCGGAGCAGCUCAGGGGUGCUGCCCCUGCUUGGGUGGGACCCUCGGUCCCCACAGGCACAGAGGCAUCACCAUGGCCAGGGCCUGCUCGUCCCCUCCAUGUAUCUCAGGGUUUUCCAUGGUACGUCACCAGCUGCAGCCUCUCCGGGGAUUUGUUUGGGAUCAGCUGUGCCCCGGGCAAGACUGAGCUUCCAAGUGUGCUGCCCAGAGGGAGAGGAGGGGAAGGCAGCCCUCGGGGAGGAGAGGAAGGUAUGUGGGGUUCCGUGUGAAAUGAGCGAGGCAGAUCUGUUUUCAGUGUUGCUUGGCAGGGGUUUGCUGCAGCAGGGACAGUCCCUGCCCGGGGAUGUGCAUCCCUUUGCCCCCAGGGAGUGAAGGCAGCCCAAGUGGUGAUUCCUUGUCCCCGCUGCUUCCCACGGCCCUCUGCCCUCCUGCUUGCAUGUUACCUGGAAAGGCAGCUGCACCCUCCUGAGGUGUCCUGCUCCUUCAGCUCGACCUUCCAGCAAGGACUGACUCAGCCCCAGGUGCUUUUUGGAGCUGACAGCGGGGCUGCCCUGCAUCCAGCGAGGGUGGGGCACCCCCAGCCUCACACCAGCCCUCCGAGGGCAGCAUCAGGAGUGGCAAAAGGGCCCCUGUCUCCUGGCUGCAGAACUGGUCCCAGGGCCAUGCCGGGACAGGGGCACCGACCUUCAGCUUUCAGGUGGCUGGGGGCGGUGAAGGAGCAGAGGGUGACAAUGCUGGCUGUGCUGAUGGCUGGGUUGGAAAUGAGGAUACUGCAUCUUUCAGGAUUUCCCUUGUACUUUUGACCGUCUUCACUGUAUACUCUCCAGUGACUUGUAUUUCCAAGCUUGGUGUUGUAAGAUGCAUUAUUAUGACUCUUGUUUUACCCUUUUUUAAAGACAAGAAAGCAACCUCUUCUGAGCGCUCCGACAAUAACCAGACUAAUUUCUCUUCCCCACUGUCUUGUGCAGUGUCAUUGCUUGUUGACUUGCUGGUUUCCUUUUUUUCAGAUACAACUGAAGUAUGAGGGGAUUUUUUUGAAACUAUUUAAGAGAUGAUUGCAGAAAAAUGUUUACCUACUCUGUGUAUUGUUUUUUUUCUUAAUCCUUUUUCUCCUGUUUCAGCCAAUAUUAGCGUUUACAUUUGCAACUUACAAGUCCCUUCAAAUGCAGUUUUCAACCAUUCUGAAACCAGCAGGGUACACUAGAUUUCUUAGUAGUUUUCUUAGCUGAACUCCCAGAUGUUUUCCUUUUUUUCUUCAGUAUAAUUUACCAGAAAGAAUUAACUGAUGCAUUUUUGUGUUGUCUUCCCCUUCAGUAGUUAUAUUUUGUCUUUUCUGCACAUCUGUCUACUAAUAAAAAUGUGAAAUAAAAAUAUUUCUGUACUGUUA